UUUUUUCUUUCUUUGUGUAGAUCAAUCCUGGGAGUAAGGCAGCCCUGGCUAACCUGUGUCCCGGAGAUAUUAUUCUGGCCAUUAAUGGAGAGAGUACAGAAAGCAUGACUCAUCUAGAAGCACAAAACAAGAUCAAAGCAUGUAUGGACCAGCUGAUGCUAUCUGUGAACAGAGCUGAAGGCAAGACCUGGACUCCUAAUAUUUUAGAAGAUGGAAAAGCACAAGCUUACCGGAUAAACAUCGAAUCAGAACCACAGGAUAAUGGGCCCAGUCAGGGUCAAAAACCCAUGUCCUAUGCUCCUAGCGGGAGCCCAACUGACAACAAACAGAUGUUGAACUUACAAUACAAUCAUCCAACACGGCUCUAUACAAAUAACAAUGUCGAAUCCAGUUUGCCAGGACAGAUGAGUGGGCUCCAUAUUGCUUCACCACACAGUGCCGACCCUUUAAAAUCUCUCCCGAGGAGCAGAAAUGGAAUUGACAUGGAGUCAGAUGUGUACAAGAUGCUCCAGGAUUAUGAAAAGCCAGUUUCAGAGCCUAAGCAAUCUGGAUCGUUCCGCUAUUUGCAGGGCAUGUUAGAAGCUGGAGAGAAUGGUGAAAAACUCGACCGGCUGACUGGCCCAAGAAACAUCAAAUCUCCAGUAUCAAAACUCGGUGGUGCCAUGUCUGGAUUGCAGAUGCUCCCUGAGUGCACCAGAUGUGGCAAUGGGAUCGUAGGGACAAUCGUCAAAGCUCGGGACAAGCUCUACCACCCAGAAUGUUUCAUGUGCGAUGACUGUGGCCUAAACCUGAAGCAGAGGGGGUAUUUCUUCAUCGAGGAGCAGCUGUACUGCGAAACGCAUGCCAAGGAAAGGGUUAAGCCCCCUGAAGGAUAUGAUGUUGUGGCUGUUUAUCCAAACGCUAAAGUUGAACUUGUCUAAGUGCGUACUCUAUUCCUGGAGAGGUCAAAAGGCAACUCGCCCACCCACACACACGCCGCUAGUUUUAAAAUAUGUCUGUAAUCAACUCCGAUUACUAGCGGCUCAGUAAAAUGCCUAUUCAUAGAUAAAGUGCUUUACACUAGGGAUAUCAAGGGGAUGGUGUUGAAAGCGUAUGAGCAGGUUUUUUCCUUCCUUUUGACGCUCUGCUUUUGGGUUGUGCUGAGUUUUUAAAUAAUUUCUGCCUUUGCCUUGUCCAAGAUCUGUGUAAAUAUUGAUUAAUUUUCUACUAUGUUUCAUAUAAAACCAGUAUUCUGUUUUCCCCCCUCUUCAUUUUAAAAUGUAAGGAAAACAUUUUAAAAGCUCAAAGAAAAUAAGGCACUUUGACAAAAGAAACUAACAUUGCAUUGCUUUAGAUUCAGACCUUUCGGUAACACAUCGCUCACUGGCUUUGAGUGCUAAAAAAAUUGAGACCAGGUGGAAGCUGUGGUCCAGCAAUACAGCACUGGUAAUGGUGUUGAGAGAGUUUUAUACAAGAUCUGAUAUUAAGCAGAGAUGACUGUCCUGGGCAAAAAUGGUCUUUUUUUAAAAGUAGUCACAAUGAAAUUCACUAGUUACAUGACAUGGCAUUCGCCCGAUCUACAGACCUGAUCAAGAUUUCAAUCAAACAGAACUGAAAAAGCACUGUACACCUGCUGUGAGGUUUGCUUUUCUAUUUUCUUGUAGUUUCUGGAAUUCUGUAGUGUUUAAUGCUUAGGACCUUGAAAUAGUACUGGAGCUGCCUGGGCGAUUCCUGAACUGAUCUUCAGCUCCUAAGCUUGCCUGCCUUGUUCAUCCUCCAGCAACAGGUAUCUUUUGUUCAUCAUAGGCCUGAUCCAGCUUUUGCUGUUUUCAGUGGCCUCUAGAAUUGUACAGAAGCUCUUUGUAAUUUCACGGCUGUGGAACCAGUAGUAAAAUCCAUCACAAAUGUAGUAAGUAACAUGAAAACUGGAAAAUGCAGGUCGGAGCUCCCUCUUUCUCAUCUUUCUGAUCUAGAGGGAUCAGAUUUAGACCCACUGCUGCUCAGCCCAAUGCUGAGCCAUUAACAAGGUCUGGUUUCCCUUUUGUUUUGGAGAAAUUUUUGGUUUUCUUGAGAGACAAGUUUUGCCCUGGUGUUUGGAGCUUUUUCUUUUUCUUGGGCGUCCUGCUGGGACGGCCUCCAAUAUUGGCUGAACGCAGAGCCGUUUUGCAAGCUGGGAGCUGAGAUCGCCACUCAUGCUAAUAGAAGCCAUGUGGCCAAUUUCCCCCAUGCACUGCUUUGGAAACCCUACCCCUUCAUUACCAGCACAUUAAAAAGAAGAAGCCUGGAAACAUUUUUCUUUUAGAAAGGUCAUGUCUGCUGCUGUAGGCAGUAGGAUGCAGUUGCUACACUAAUCAACAGACACUAAGCAGCACAUGCGAUUAGUCCACCCAUAGGGACUGAAGUUGCUCUCCAGAUAGAAUUAGAGCACAUAUCUCUGUGAACACUGCUGGACUGUAGUUCCCCCAACUUCCUUUGGCAUCAGUGGGGGCUGAAAACACUCAGCUUGCAGGAAUAUGUAACCUUUCAGCUUGUCACAGGGCAAGCCUACCUGUUCCCCUUUGGGGGCGGGAAGGGUGUUGGGCCUCUGAAACCCCUUGAGUAGUGCUCAACCCCGCAUGUGUCCUAAUGGCCACAGUCAAUAGUAAAACCUUUAAAACAGAACAGCAGGGGGAAAUCACCUUUUUUGUGCAUCAGAAAGCUGAAAGUAGAACUGCAUGUACAUCUUUUAUACUGCAGAACCCCUGCUGACCCCACUCCCGGGGAGCCAGCAUGUAACCAUAACGGAAACUGAUGAGCUGAUGCUUAUCGAGUACUGUUUAAAUGGUUACACUUUUCUAUCCCUAGCAUCGUCACUAUAAUGAUGCGUCUCUGUGCACUUCCUCUGUAAAAUAUCACUUGUGGUUUCUUUCCUUUAGCUUCAUUGUUCCACUUCAUUGUUCCAGAAAGUUUGUGUUCACUCUCUCAUGUGUUCUUUAGCUAAUUGUCUGCUUAAUAAGAAGUAAUGGUAGUCGAGUAAUGGGGGUCAAGAGAUACGGGAUGUGCUGCCAUAGGUUUCCUGUGAGACCUUGGGCAAGUCAUUUAACCCCUCUUGCCACCUCGGUUUCCACAGGUGUUAGACUUCUUCAUAGCAUAGUUGUGAAUCUGAGUUCCUGUUGUCAAGCACCUUGACAUACUCAGCUGGAAGAUGGGAAGGAAGCAUGCAGUAUUGUUUAAUCAAACACCAAGGUUCAAGUUUGAAAGUCAUUUUCCCCUAUUGUAAGUUCCCUCUCUCAGAAAGCCAUUGCUUAGUAUUAUCAGAUAUGGGUCACAAGCAUGUAUGCUCACUGGCAGGGCUCGACAAAUCACUGAAUCUACUCGCCCCAGUCACCCCGUUCACCGGCAGUGCGCGCAUGCGCAAUGUGGGUCUUGCGUGUGCGCAGUGCGGGGUGGGAGAGUAGAUUUCGCUGCUGUUUGUCAAGCCCUGUUCAUUGGGUUUGCUUGACUUGAAACAGACACUUUACACUCCUCUGAUUCCUGCAGAUAAAUAGUCAAAACAUCUCUUCCCUCACUAUUCAGAGAUUUGCAGCGCCAAAGAAUGACAGCUAAUGCCAGAUCAGCAUGUGAAAUAAUAAUCAUAUAGUGACCCAGCAGUAAGUCAGAACCAAUAGGAUUGAGCGCAGGCUUGAGUGGGCAGGAGGAAGUGCACUGCGAGGUUGGCCUACCCAGCUUUUCCAAAUGGAUUAUUGUGAGAACGACAUAUUUGUCAGGUGGAGUCAUCUAUCACUGUCCAGUACCUUGGACUUCUGUUCAACUCCAUUUAUAAGGCAGUUUUUCACACUGCAGGUGUCCAGCAUGCUCUUCAGAUGUCUUGUAAUGGUAGCAGGAGGCGCAACUUAGACAGUCACACAUUGCUUCAUUACCCUGGUGUUUAAAUGAAUAAAUCAAGUAAACCGUUCACUUAGGGAUCCUCAGGGGGUCUCACUUAACUGUUACAUAAACAACAAUGCUGGCAAGAUCUGAGGUAAGGAAUUCAAACAUACCUCUCUUUUUAUUUGAAAAUAAUUCCCACAAAUCAACAUUUCCAUACAGUUGUCUCAUAGCCACUCUUCCUUAUGAGUAAUUAACUCACUUGAUUCCCCCCUCUCUCCUCCCAAGUAGCUUAAAAUGGAGCCACCUCACACAGUAAUAUCCUAUGGUAAAUUAGUUUCAGGACAUAUUCCAUUUCACUGACAUUAUUUGUAUUGUAACAAAUGGCUAAAACUAGGCUGCUGUUCCGCUUGCUUUGCCAGGCUAGUGACAGGAAUGAACUGUGUAAAUACCGUAAGCAUCUGUUAACUCUGUUAUUUAACUCUGUAAAGCGUUUGGGGGAGACCGUUUGUAUGAAAUGCCAAAUAAAGUUGUACUGUCAGUUUCAUGUA